CCGCAUCCGUGCCCUCCUUCGCCGUCCGCCGUCGCUAGCAGCCGGAGAAGAGAAGCAUGGAUACCCAGGUCAAACUUGCCGUCGUGGUGAAGGUGAUGGGCCGCACCGGCUCCAGGGGUCAGGUGACCCAGGUCAGAGUGAAGUUCCUCGACGACCAGAACCGUCUCAUCAUGAGGAACGUCAAGGGCCCGGUCCGUGAGGGCGACAUCCUCACCCUGCUCGAGUCUGAGAGGGAGGCCAGGAGGCUGCGCUGAAGCUGUGGCGGUUGUGUUAUUUCGUGGUUCCUGCCUUUUGAAAGUAAAAUGCCAUAUUGUCGCCUUAUUUCGUGUACUGCUUUUCCGGUCCAGUUCUUGAACAAUGGUUUGUCUUUCUGAGUAGGCCUUAUAUGUUAUGAGUUAAGAGCAAUGGAAAUGUAAUGGGUACUUGUCUGGUUGCAGUUUUGGUCUGUUGCCUAUAACUAAAGUUCCAUUGUUGUGAGACAUGGUUAUGCUCUACUGGCUUUGGGCAACAUGAACUGAUUAGAUGAAUGCUAUCUUCAAUUUACUACGAGUGUGACAUGGCUGUCAAUGUUACAAAUCA